GACACACGUGGUUCUGUUCACCAAAGCAGACGACAGCACUUUGCUCUCCGACGUCCCUUCAAUAUCGUACUGAACAGCGCGGGGGAAAUGUGGGAUCCAGUUACCGCAGACACAACGGCAGAAAUCGGUGAAAGCAGACGAUAAGGCUGCACGGGUUUCCGCAACGGAAGGUGCCGGCCAACCCACUUCCGUUUGGUGAGGAGCGAUAACUUUCGCCAAGUAUUUUUUUCACUGGUGUACAAGACUUGGUGCCACGUCGACAACGAAACCGUAUGCAGGGCCACGAAAUGUGCCCAAAGGGGUUGAAGGAGUAGAAAGGCAUCCACCACAACGAACCUCGCCAUGGGGCCCGUUUGGAUCCGUCCGCCCCAGUGGCUGCGACUCCUUCUCAUAGGGGCAAUACUACUUGGAAUCGUGCAUGCAACCGAAACAGAAAGAAAUGCGGCGCAUGGCGGUGCAACAGAGAACCAUGCUCUUGCCGUCAUACCUAGAAAGCCGUACCCUAGAACCAGCCCCAAGCCGUACCCUAGCACAACGAUGAAGAAAUUACCAAGCACCAAGGCUGGCAACACCUCUAGUCCGGCUAAACCCAACGCUGGGUACUCCAAUGUGACCUCGCCACCAAUAAAUGGCACUAAUACUACUGUGAACGCAACUACGCUAUCUCCAGCUAACGUGUCUUCUGCUAACAAUUCGCUGAACCAGAAGAUCGAGGUGCAUAAAAUACAUAAUGUGCAUAGCUUCUGGUCGUCGUUGUUUACAUGGAGGGAGGACAGUUAUGCUCUUAGCGUCCUGAUUCCGAUUACAUGUGGCGUAUCUGCUGCUGUUCUCAUCAUCUGCACGUUAUGGUGCAUUGCGUGCUGUAAACGGCGGUGCAGAUCCCGCUAUCGACGAAAAGCUUUCAGACAGCUGGAUCCUAAAACCAUACGGAAGAUGAAAGCUUCGGAUCGAAUCAAGCUUCUUGCUGCAAGCUCGGACGAAGAAUUUUAAUAUUUGUAAUGUGACUAGUCUUUUCUUUUUUUUUCCACUGAAAGCUUGCCCACGUUUUCAACGUGGGCAACGGAUGAGUAUAUCUAGUCAGAUGUUAUGAUCCUGGAAUUGACUACAGGUUAUGUUCCAAAGCACAUCAUCCAUGCAUGUUCAUGUGUAUUCACGUCAGAGCACAUUGUUCACACCCAUCAGGACAGCAAUUGUAAGUAUAACAUAUCCGUCAUGCAUAAGUAACUCUCUCUGCACAUAUAUAUUUUAUGUAAAUAAAUCGCAUCAUCAUAUCACAUGAGCAGUUCACCAUAUACGUAUCUCUGUGUUUUCAAUAAUACGUGGUGAAGGGAGCGUAAUUUAACGUGGAAGAUAUAUGCAUGUGUGGUGUGUUAUGAGUUGUGUUUGUUAUCACAAGAUGCCUUGUAAGAAAAAAAUACUGCCGAUGCAAAAUAAAACAACUCGCACAAAA